UGCACUGCCCUGACGUACAUCAUUCAGAAAUUUUGCACGUCAGAAAGAAAGGCAUGAAAAGUAUCAAAAUGUCUUCAUUUUGCCUCCGUUAACAUCUCCGACGUGUACAAUGAGCUGUUGAUUAUCAAUCUGUAAUUUUCAUUCUCCCCUCUGGUGCCCUUUAUGUGAUUAUCAUGGCCGUACUGAGGACAAUUUCCGAUGUUUUACCGGUGCUUUUUCUCAUCGUCGUCUUCGGAUUUUUCAGUGCGAGUUCGAAUGGGGUGAGGCUGCCAUCGCAAGCAUUAGUUGCAAAAUGGUCUCAAGAUAUAAGCAAGGAACUGAAGACAAAACUAGAUGCAGCAACUGGAGUUCAACAAGUUAAAAUGCUGUAUGAAGAGCAGAAUUUUCCUGCAGUGUAUGUCAACGGAUCGGUCCUGGUCCAGAAGGUGGCCAACAAAUGGCAAGAAAUGCUCCAAGACAAGAUGGUGGCUGUUGAGAACAUUGUAUUGAAGUUGGAAGACGCCUAUAAGAAACACAAGCGUAAUUACAGCAUAGUGGAAGAUGAUGUACAGUACUACAACGCCAAGAAUGCGUCCAAAAUGCCGCUGAAUCUGACCUACCUGGAUAAUUUCAAGUCGGAAGUCAACACCAACUACAGCGCUGUGCAGAUCCCAACGGAUAUUUGGGUUGGAGAUAACAAGAUCUUGAACGGUAUCGAGGCAACCAAUUCUAUUGAUGAAGUCUUCCGUGAGAACUACCAGAAAGAUCCUCAGCUUUUGUGGCAGUACUUCGGCAGCGCCGAUGGGUUCUAUCGCUCUUACCCAGCGGCAAAGUGGAUGACUACUGAGAAACCUGAACAAGACCAAUAUGAUGUGCGGCGUAGGGGAUGGUACAUCCAGGCUGCGAGCUCACCAAAGAACGUCAUGAUCCUUGUAGACACGAGUGGCAGUACCUUUGGCAUGACCCUGGAGAUCACCAAGGUGUCAGUCUAUAAGGCCCUGGAUACUCUUGGCAAUGACGACUUUGUCAACGUGGCCUGGUUCAACUCCAGUGCAGAACUGGUCAGUUGCUUUGAAACCUUCGUUCAGGCCAAUCUACGCAACAAAAAUCUGUUGAAGGACAAAGUGAAAGAGCUCACGUCUUCGGGGAUUGCCUUGUUCGACAAAGGCCUAAAGAAGGCAUUUGAGGCAUUCAAAGAGUUUGAGGAUAUAGAGGCUGCUGGACGUGAUCAGCAGAAUCAAGGAGCCAUGUGUCACAAUGUCAUCCUCAUCUUCACCGAUGGAGGAGAGGCAGAUGAACGUGCCACCUUCGAGGAGUAUAAUGUCCCAGUUAAAAUCCGUGUGUUUGUGUUCAAAGUGGGAACGGACUCCAUGGUACCUGCAGACGGUGUUAGGGAAAUGGCCUGCAUGAACCAAGGAUAUUUCAGCAAUAUUCAGUCCUUCGGAGCUGUGAGGCUUACAACCUUGGAUUAUGUGCCAGUCCUGAGUCGUCCUAUGGUGCUGAGUGGGAAGAAGCACUUUCAGUGGUCCGACAUCUACCUGGAUGUGCUGGGCUUGGGUAUGAUGACAACGCUGACCAGGCCUGUGUAUAACACCACUGGAGAAAAUAAUGUUAAUUCGACCAAGCAGAAUCAGCAAAUGUUGGCUGUGGUCGGUACGGACAUCACUACCAAGAACAUGGAGGACACUGUCCCCCAGAGAAAGCCUCGAGUAAACUCCAUAUAUAAGCAAGCCAUCGGGCCAGAGGGUUACGCCUUUGGCAUCAACAGCAACGGUUACAUUCUCUUGCACCCGAGACUUAAAGCCGAGGCGGAGAUUGAGGCUAUACUGGAGUUGGGGUAUUUGACUGAGCCGCCCAACGUUGAUUUCUUGGAAGUGGAGUACGAGAUUCCUGAAAAAACCAAGCUACGGAUUGAAAUGAUAGAUCAGGAGACGAACCAGACAACCAUGAGAACCCCCAUCAUGUCCAGCGAUGAGAGAUACCUGGAGUUUGUGAAUAUGACCUACUCCUACACUUUCAUCACGAACACCACAUUUAGUGUCGCCAUAGCACAGCCCCAGUUUGGCUUGUGGGAGUGGAGUAUUACGAGUAAGGGCAGCCUAUUGGAAGACUUUGGCAACCUGAUUGACGAACAGGAUGACGUGACCCUGCUGAUUGCUCCGUGGGAGUUUUGUGACUGCCACGUUGGCCAAGAAGGAAGGAUAACCACCGAGAACAUCACCAACUCCAUUCAAGAAGCCAUCGCUGCACUGCAACAGCUCAGCACAGUCCUGGAGAUAUGUGAUGACUACAUGGUGCGCAAGCUUCUGGUUGAUGCAAACAUCACCAGACAUGUCGCUGAUUACUGGAAGAAAGUAAAGCAAAAUGAUCCAACCAAGUUUGAUGGGAUAAUUUUCAACGCAGUAGCAACCCACGGUGGUGUGACCAGAAUCUAUCCCAGCAGCGUUCCGGAGGAAUGGACUGCCGAGGAGAUAGCGGCUUUCCAAGAUCCAUGGGAUCAGCAGUACUACCGAAGGGCACUAUACACUGACAAAUACGUCUUUGCUGCACCCUACAACUCAGACGGUGUGAUGUUGCCAGUGAAUGAAUCCUACUGGACAUCUCUCAUGGUCAGCAAGGCAGUUCACAUGACCAAGGACAUCAUACAUGCAGUUGUCGCUGCCAGUUUGGACCCCGAUGUGUUCAAUGACAUGUGGAUAGGCAAAACUAAAAAGGGAUUCAACGACAUGGAAGACGAGAAAUUGUCCUGUGUGAAUGAGAGUAUCCAGUGCUACAUCCUUGACGAUGGUGGAUUCAUCGUAGCAACCAACCAGGAAGAUCGCCAAGGAAAUGUUGGCAGUUUCUUUGGGAUUAUUGAUGGCGAUCUGAUGCUGGAUCUCAAGAACAAAACUGUCUAUAAUCUGAUGACAAUGAAUGACUUCCAGGCUGCGUGCCCCAGACAGAGUGCUGGAGCGGGAUCAUCUGGCCCCAGAAGCACAAGCGUGCCAACGCUCUCUGAUGUGGUGAAUUUCAAUACUUGGGCAGUCACUGCUGCAUGGUCAUUCCUUCGUCAUUUUCUGUAUGACAUCUUCUUCCUCGGAGUCAGUGAUUUUAGCACUUCCUAUGUUGAAGCUGAAGACAUAGAAGCUUCGAAAAAUGUGAGCUGUAUCAAGAUCGUGAAGCAGUACUACCACGGGGACGGCAUCAGAGACUCCAGUGGUUUGAUUGACUGUACCAGCUGCUCAAGGUUGUGGCGUGCAAGUCACAUCGACGCCACCAACCUCCUCCUAGUGGUGACAGAAUCUGGGUGCGAUGCUUGCCCCAACAAAGUGGUCACCCAGGUCGCCGAGGAACCGCCUCCUGGUGAAGGCCCCGAUCCCUGCGAAGCAGCCAAACAUCCCCGCUAUCGCGAGAGGCCCAGCGAACAUUGCUAUGACUUCGAUGAGAAUGAGUCCUUUGACGAUUGUAGUUCUGCUUCCAUCUUGAGAUCGCAUCUCUACCGUCUCCUUGCCCUUCAGCUUCUCCUCCUCAUCCUAACCAGGUUGAUGUAAUCUUGACCAGACCAGAUAUGGGUCCUAAGGAGAAUAUGUUUAACUUAGAUUUUCUCUUCGUGUUGGUGUACGUGUAUUGCGCAAUCUUACAUCUUAAACAAAAUAAUAAAUGUAGCAUUUCCUUCAGAUAAAGUGGUUCUAAUCCAUGAAGAUCUUUGAAUGAAUACAUAUACAGAUAUUACGUGAAAAUGUUGACUGUACCUAUUGAUUUCAACUGUGUAAUAAUAAAUAUUCAUAAAUACCUCAGAUAGUUUAGCCAUUCCUAUUGGUCGAAACCCCGUCACGUGGCCGGUAUUAAACGGAUGAUAAAGACAUGGCU